CUAACAUUUUUAAGGAAAAGAUAACUCAGGCGAUUUCAUGAAAUGAAAAUAUGCAGACAAGAAAAUUAUUUCGUUUAACAGCUCUUAAUAAUUUAUUGAAAUGCUGCAGAUCCUAUGCACAAGCCUCUUCUGGCAACAAACAAAAAUGGAGUUAUGCCCAUGGCUCAAGUGAUACACCUUUACUAGGAUCUACCAUAGGCCAAGCUUUACAGGACUGGACAGAACUGAGACCAGACAAAGAAGCUGCAAUAUUUUGUAAAGGCAAUAUAAGAAAAACUUUCCAACAAAUCCUAGAAGAGUCAGACCAGUUUGCAGCUGGACUAUUAGAGCUUGGUAUUAAAAGAGGAGACAGAGUAGGAAUAUGGGGACCAAACUCUAUAGAAUGGAUACUCACACAGUAUGCCACAGCUAGGGCUGGAAUUAUACUGGUCAAUAUAAAUCCAAUGUACAUAGCCAAUGAAAUGGAAUAUGUCUUACAACAGACUGGCUGUAAAGCAAUAAUAGCUGCAGAAGAGUUCAAAGGUCAUGACUAUUAUGACAUUCUGUUCCAUUUAAUACCAGAAUUAGCCAGGUGUGAAGAUGGUUUUGUCAAAAGUCACAGGUUACCAGAUUUAGAGACUGUUAUAAUGAUAGGAGAGAAGAAACAUCAGGGUACUUUAAAAUUCUCAUCUGUGUUGGAAGCUGGUACCAGUAAACGUAAAGCAGAAAUAAUGGACCUUCAGAAAAGACUACAGUUUGAUGACCCAAUCAAUAUACAGUUUACAUCUGGAACCACAGGAUCACCUAAAGGAGCCACUCUUUCUCAUCAUAAUAUUUUAAACAACAGUUAUUUCAUUGGUCGAAGAUUAGGAUAUCAUGAGAAGGAAACUCGAAUCUGCAUUCCAGUACCUUUAUACCAUUGUUUUGGCAUGGUUAUAGGAAGCCUUACGAUGGCAUCACAUGGUGCUACAUGUGUAUUCCCUUCACCUGCAUUUGAUGCUAAAGAUACAUUGGAAGCAAUCAGUAAAGAAAGAUGUACAUCUGUGUAUGGAGUACCAACCAUGUUUAUAGAUAUUGUGAACCAUCCAGAUUUACACAAGUAUAAGUUAUCAUCACUGUAUACUGGUAUCAUGGCAGGCGCUCCCUGUCCUAUUGAGACUAUGAAGGAGGUGAUAGGAAAUAUGGAAAUGCCAGGUGUUACUGUUUGCUAUGGAACAACUGAGAACAGCCCUGUCACAUUCCAGAACUUCAGAGAUGACAACAUAGAGAAAAAAGUAGGAACCAUAGGUAAACCACACCCACAUGUAGAGGCCAAAGUUAUAGAUGAGUAUGGUAAUGUUGUACCAUGUGGUACUCCUGGAGAGCUAUGUACACGUGGAUACACAACAAUGUUAGGAUACUGGAAUAAUCCGGCUAGAACAGCUGAUGUUAUCAAGUUAGACAGAUGGUACCAUACAGGAGAUAUUGCCACCAUGGAUGAGGAUGGCUACUGCUCUGUUGUAGGGAGGAUAACAGAUAUGAUCAUUAGAGGUGGUGAAAAUGUGUAUGCCUUUGAAAUAGAACAGGUUAUAUAUCAUCACCCUUGUGUUAAAGAUGUCCAGGUUGUUGGUGUUCCUGUGGAGAGAUUAGGAGAAGAAAUAUAUGCUUUUAUAGAGUUUAAAGAAGGAUACACAUGUACCGAGGAAAAUAUUAAAGAUUACUGCAAAACCAGGAUGGCCAGAUUUAAAGUACCUAAGUAUGUGAAAUUUGUCGAGGAAUUUCCUCUGACAGCUACAGGAAAAGUGCAGAAGUUUAAACUGAAAGAAGAAGCAAUGAGAGAUCUCAAUUUAACUGACUAAGCAAAAUAUUAUUAUUCUGGGGUUAUAUAUUAAUAAGUGGUGAUAUUUGAUUGACUACACAAAUAAUGGUUAUAUUUGAUAGACUAAGCACUUAGUGGUGAUAUUUAAUUCUACUUAGUAUAGGUUCUAACUAUUUACACAACAUUUAUUCUAUAUAUAUAUAUUUAUGUUAGCUAUUGAAUUUAUGUGCAAAAUUGAAAUCCCUAUCAGUUUUGUGUUUUAUAAGAUGUCAAAGUAGCAGUAUUUUAUAAAGUUUUUUGGUCAUUUUUUUUGUCCGAAACAAUAUUUAAAUUUAAAAAUGAAAUGAAAGGUUAGAUUCAACAAAAUCUUUUCAGUUCUUCCAGUGUUCCCUAUAGAAAAUUUACAAUUACAUUUUGAAGUGGCAGAACCAACCUCAUUAUCUUUAUUUGUGCAAUAUGAAACCAGGUGUUUCAAUCUUACACCGUUUGUUAAUGUUUUACUAUGAAGACUAUAGACCUUAAAGCUAUUUCGAAAUCUGAAAAAUUUUGAACUAUUUACAUCAUUUUUGCAUUAUUUUGUCUUCAAAAUUUAUAGACAAAUAGGGAUAAUAGUGUAUUUUAAAUUUAAAUUGGCAUGUUUAAAUCACUGGUAAGAAAUUAUUGAAAUAAUCAUGUAAAACAGAUAAACUAUUUUUUCUAGUUCUUGAGUAGGAUGUUUGUAAAAAAUUCUGUUAAAUCAGUACUGCUGUUUUUAUAACUUAUGCAAGAAAACCAUCCUACACUUGUUACAUAUAAAGUGGAAAAUGUUACAUGUGUUUUACAAAGAGGCUUUGUGUUUAUAAAAGGCAAUGUCAGACAUAAAUUGUGUAUGUAUGAUUAUGAAGUUGAUUUAUUUUUAUGAAGAUUAUUCCACAAUCUUAAUUAUUAUAAGACUGGAGUUAAAAAAAAAAAUAUAUUGUUUUUAUUAAACCAAGAACUAAGAAGUUAAAAGUAAAAACAAUUGCAGGACUAAAAUUUUGGAUUUAAUUAUCCUUGAUUUAACAUGGGAUAAAUAUAUUACUUUUUAUAAUAAUAUUUUAAUGGCUUUUUGGUGCAAAUGUUUAAUGUUAUAUUUUUUUAGUUAUGUUAUUGUUUUGUUUAUUGAAUUAUCUACCAUGUUCCAGGGGAACUGAAACUAAUUUUGUGCCAUAUGUAAAAUGUAAGCUUUUUUUGUAUAUUUUUAAACAACUCAAAAGUUGUAAUUUUACUUGCAUUUUAAAAAUGUGUAAUGAUGUCAUAAUAUUUUAUCAGAUUUUAAAUGGAUUGAUAAUCUUUUUUCUCUAACUCUAUGGAUAUUUAUCCCUUUCCGAACCCAUUGUAUAAAAAAAUUUAAUCAACGUGUGGUUGCUGGUGAUCUCAAAAGAUCAUUGGACGAUUUUAAGGGUCAUGACCUCUUUAGCUAACUGAAUGAAUCAAAAUAUGAUAACAGGUGUUAAUGAAAUUGACAACUUCGUGCAAUGUGAAAGGCACUCGAAGGGGAUUUUCGGUUAACAAAAAAAGAAAAUGUCUUUUUAAUCAUUAGAGAAACAGAUUCUUACAUAGUUACUCGUGAAUUAUCGGAUUUAUCCAAUCUCAAUAGUUAAAUUAUAAAUUUUAAAGUCCUCGCCGAGGCGGCUCGGACUUUAAAAUUGAUAAUUUAACUAUCUCGAUUGGAUAAAUCCGAUAAUCCACUGGUAUCAAUGUAAGAAUCUAUAUUUAUUUGUUUAUUUAUAUUUUUUUUACUGUUAUUUAAAGUUUUGGAUUGAAUAAAAUUUGAUGUUAUUUUUUUUUCCAGCAAUAAUCAUAAUUCAGUUAAAAUUUUAUUUCUAAACUUUUGUAAUUUUCAAUUCAAUUCAAUAUUUUAUGUAAGUCUCAUAUCUCAAUAAUAUAUAAUACAACAGUACAUUUAGUGUAAAAAUAUAAAGAACAUUUUUUGCAUUUAAAAGUUUUUUUGUUUUUUUUAAAUUAAUACAGUUUAUACGGUUACUCAUAUGAUCAAGUUCUAUCACCUUCAGACAUGAUGACAUUCUGUAUUGCCUUAUUAAAUGGGACUUUGAUUGAACUUAUAAAAUAGUCUUUUUUCAAAAUAUUUAUAGGUGAUGCAGUUAAUAAACUUAAGCAAGUAAAACAAGAAUUGUUUUUCAUAUGCAUUUACAAUAUAAAACAUUUCUUUUACACCGACUUGCACUGAUUUCUAAUAUAAAGAUAUAUUUAUACAGUCUUAAUUAAAAAUAAAUUAUUUACAACGGA